AUGGCGCUUGGGGUGUUCGGGGAACGGUAUGUGCGGAAAAGGGUGCUCGUGCUGCCACUGUGGCGCCUAUUGUACGCCUUCAUGCUACAGACAAUAAUGAGUGAUCACAUGAGGGAUCACAUGAGAGACAUGAGAGACGUGAGAGAUAUGCGAGACGUGCGGGACGUGAGAGACAUGAGAGAUGUGCGGGAUAUGCGAGAUAUGAGAGAUGUGCGGGACGUACGGGACGUCCCUAUGAACGACAUCCGCGACGACUACUCUCUGGAGGAGAAGAUCGUGACGAGUGUUUGGGUUCACGACCGGCAGAUGAACGGCAAGUCCAUCGAAGAGCUGCGGAUGGACUUCGAGCAGAGGUUCGGCAAAAAGGCGCCGAAACACGACUCGAUGCUGGGGUGGGAGCGGUCGGCGUUCACCACCGGUUCCGUUCUGGAGCCGGUGCCCCAUAUAUCGCACUCACAGACACGGGAACAGCAGCAGCACCACAACCGCAUGCAUAUGGAGUCGGCGUCCAUGUCGUCGUCGAUGUCGCGCUCGUCGGGCGGCGGCGGCGCCGGUCGUAACAAACCGCAGGCCUCCUCAUACCACCCGUCGCUCUACAAGACGGAGCUCUGCCGUCAGUACUAUGAGUACGGGUAUUGCGAUUACGGGGAGCGGUGUCUCUUCGCGCACGGGAAGUAUGAGCUCAAGAGGAUUCCCAACUACAAGACCAAACUGUGCGCCUCCUAUCACAGCUCCGGCUACUGCUCUUUCGGCAGUCGAUGCGCUUUCAUUCAUAAGAAACACGAGGCCAGAGAGGGCUCGGAGGGUCCCACCAAAGUUCGCUCAUCCCGUUCCAUACGACCCAAUCGGCGAACGGAACUCAGUCGCAAGAAAUAG